GCUCAGGGACACCAGAAACGAGACCACCUUCCUUAAGAGCUCUCAGAAAUCCGCCUAUCGCUUACUAUUCAUUUCUUUCACAGUAACCCCGGCUGCUUUUGCUGUAGUGCGCCCUAGGCCACAAGGGCCUGGAGACUCACGAAACUACCUGGUCAUCGUUUUCACUGUAGGACUUUUUCCCAUGAUGUCGUUCCAUCCGGCGCUUGUUCCGCAUCCACGAUGGAGGACCUUGUUCCGCAUCCACCAUGGAGUACCUUAUACCUCGUUCCAUCUGGGGGCUCUUGUUCCGCAUCCACCAUGGUCGCUCCAUCUGGCUCUUGUUCCGCAUCCACCAUGGUCGUUCCGUCUGGCUCUUGUUCCGCAUCCACCGUUGGUGCAACGGAUCCGCUUGUGGCUGCUGCAACGGCCAACGUCGUGAAAUCCACUACGGAUGUUUCUUUGGGAUCAGCACCUUCGUCUUUUCUUGCGUCCGAGUGCGGUACAGCAGCAACUCUAAACGACCCGUCGAAGACCAUGUGCGCCGAGUUCCUUGUGGGAAUCAAAAACGGCAUCUGCGAAGGAACGGACAAGAUCCUCGAAAACAAUGCUGGGAUCACAGCGGGUGUAGCCUUUGUUCGCGUUGCCUGCGAUCGCUUUCAUGUCACAUCAAUUACACUAGUUGUUGUAGUUGUCCUUCGCGCAUAA